AUGACUCGGCGUAUUGGUUUUCGCCGUUUUGAUGCAUUUUCAAAAACAAUAGAAGAUGCACAGAUCAAAACUACGAAUGGAGGACUUAUUACAAUUAUAUCUAUUAUUAUAAUUUUUAUUUUAGUAUCUUUUGAAUGGCAUGAUUAUCGACGAGUUGUUGUAUUACCAGAGCUUACAAUAGAUCGUACUAGGAGUGAAAAAUUGCAAAUUAAUUUAAAUUUAACUUUUCCAAAAAUACCAUGUUCUAUACUUUCUCUUGACAUUAUGGAUGUUUCUGGAGAACUUCAAACAGAUGUUUCGCAUAAUGUAGUUAAAAAUAGACUUGAUAAAAAUGGCAUUUUUAUUAAUUCAACAUCUAUUAAUACACUUAACUUUCAACAACCAAUUAAAGUAUUACCUUCUGAUUAUUGUGGAUCUUGUUAUGGAGCAAAAGAAGGAUGUUGUAAUACGUGUGAAGAUGUGAUAAAUGCAUAUAUUGCUAAUAAUUGGCCUAUACCAAAUAAGAGAACUUUUGAACAGUGUAAAGACUCAAACAAUAUGGAUGGUCCUGAUGAGGGCUGUAAUUUUGUUGGAAGAAUAGAAGUUAACAAAGUUAUUGGUAAUUUUCAUUUUGCACCUGGCCAUUCAUCACAAACAAUUACGGGAGGCCACGUUCAUGAUAUUUAUGAUUAUCUUACUGAUUCGUUGCCUCAUGAUUUUUCUCAUAUGAUUAAUAAACUUAGCUUUGGCCCCGAAAUUGAAGGGAGUUUACAAAAUCCUUUAGAUAACGUAAAAAAAGAUACAGAUGACCCUACUUUAAAAUAUUCUUAUUUUAUUAAAUGUGUUGCAUAUCGCUUCGAAUAUUUGUCAAAACCCUCUUUAGAUACUAAUAAAUAUUCAGUAACUGUACAUGAACGAUCAAUAUCAGGUGAUAGUGAUCCUGAGCAUCCUACUCAUAUUGGACCAAGAGGAGGAAUACCUGGAGUAUUUUUUUCUUAUGAUAUUAGUCCUAUAAAAGUUAUUGAAAGAGAAACUCGGGGAAGUCUUAGCACUUUCUUGACGAGUACUGUUAUUAUUAUUAGUGGUGUUCUUACAAUUGCAGGGAUUCUUGACCGUAUUCUAUAUGAAACAGAACGUAGAAUGGAAAAGAAAUUAUUAGAAGGAAAAUUUUUAUAA